AUGCGUUACCUAAUGUAGGAACAUAUAUUUAUAAUGCAAAUAUUCAAAGAUAAAAUAAUUAUCUUUAGUACUCUGAGAAUUGCUAUUUUAAAUAAAGAAGAAACAAUAACGAGGAAUACUUAAGAAGCAAAAGAGGCCUGA